AUGAUUCCAUGCAUAGUGAAAGCUGUUGCUCCUCCUGAAGAGAAGAAGCACCUUCUGCUGGAAAAAUACACCAUCCACGACAUUCCUUUGAAGUCUAGGUUGAACAAGUCUUGUGCGGAUUGUGGGGCGUAUGCACUCAAACACUUGGAAUGCCUCUUGCUUGGUCUAGAUCUCGGUCUUGUUGAUGAUGAAAUCAUCAUGGGUUGUCGACAGAAGAUUGCUGUGGAUAUAUGGGAGGCUACUCAAGAUCCCAUUUUAAUUCAGCUUAUGCUGCAGCAUGUGCCUUCGGAAUUUGAGACUUCUGAAGUCUAUGACAUUGAAGACGAUUGA